CACGAGUACAGUGGAAGGGCGAUCCCGGUCAGAGCCAAAAUGGUGCGUUUUCCCCUUUAAACGAGACACCAAUCAAAAUAAUGGAAGUUUUUUCUAGCCAAUCAUAAUCCAUUUGGAAGGCGGGAGCUUCGGAACCGGGAGGAGCUGAUUUGGGGUGUUGUGAAUUCAUAUAACCACGAAAUCUUGAGUGGGAGUUGUCGGACCGAUUAGUUGUGCAUUUUGUCCGUCGAUUGGCACAGAUUACCGACGCGCCACCCGCAGCCAUGCCCGGGAUAGAGAAGCUGCCGAUAGAGGAGACGCUGGAGGACAGCCCGCAGACGCGCUCUCUGCUGGGAGUGUUUGAGGAGGACACUGCAGCCAUCUCCAACUACUGCACACAGCUCUAUCAGGCCAUGCAGAGGAUUUACGACGCACAGAAUGAGCUGAGUGCUGCGACACACCUGACGUCCAGACUGCUGAAGGAGUACGACAAACAGCGUUUUCCUCUAGGGGGCGAUGAUGAGGUGAUGAGCUCCACGCUGCAGCAGUUUGCAAAAGUCAUAGAUGAGUUGAGCUCCUGUCAUGCUGUCUUGUCCACUCAGCUCGCAGAUGCCAUGAUGUUUCCCAUCACUCAGUUUAAAGAAAGAGACCUGAAGGAGAUCCUCACUCUGAAAGAAGUCUUCCAAAUAUCCAGUGAUGAUCAUGACACGGCCAUUAACAGAUACAGCCGCCUGUCCAAGAGGAGAGACAACGACAAGUUGCGGGCGGAGGCUGUGGAGGACGUCUACACCUCUCGUAAGAAGCAGCACCAGACUAUGAUGCACUACUUCUGCUCACUCAACACACUACAGUACAAGAAGAAGACGGCUCUGCUGGAGCCGCUGCUUGGCUACAUGCAGGCCCAGAUCAGUUUCUUUAAGCUGGGUUCAGAAAAUCUCACCCAGCAGUGGGAGGACUUCCUGGGAACCAUAGGAACCAGUGUCCAGAAUGUGCGUCGGGAGAUGGAGGAGGAGGUUGGGCAGAUGCAGCAGACCAUCCAGGACAUGGAGAGAUCAUGUGACCCACUGUACGCACCGUGUGACCCUGACCCCGCCCACUCACCUGUCUGCCGCAACCUGACCAGGAAACAGGGCUACCUGUACAUCCGCAAUAAGACGGGGCUGGUGUCGACGUCCUGGGAGCGUCAGUACUUCUUCACACAGGGCGGUAAUCUGAUGCAGCAGGGCCGAGGCGAGGUGGCGGGCGGGCUGGUCACAGACCUCGACAACUGUUCCGUCAUGGCGGUCGACAGUGACGACCGCCGCUUCUGCUUCCAGGUCACUUCCUUCGAUGGCAAGAAAGUGGUGACGCUUCAGUCAGAAAGCAGGAAGGACUGCGAGGAGUGGAUCUCCACCAUCAACAACAUCUCCAAAAGGAUCUACCUGAGCGAAAACGCAGAGGAGCUGGCAGCCAGAGUGAAUCAAUCAGCUCUUGAAGCUGUGACACCGUCGCCAUCCUUCCAGCAGAGACAUGAGAGCAUGAGACCCAGCAGUAAAGGGCGUGCGGGCCGAGCGAGCAGUAUUAGCUCUGUGGGCUCAGAGCCUUCGCCUGCUCUUUCUGUGCUGUCAUUGGAUGCUCUGGUUGCCCCGGAAACACCCAUUCAGUUUGACAUAAUUUCCCCCAUCAGCGAGGAGAACUCAGCACAGAGCAAGACGGCAGCACAGUCCGGCAGAAGAAGUAAUCCCUUUGGAGAGUCAGGAGGCGGCACAUCAGAAGACACCGAAGACUCGAUCCUCCACCAGCUCUUCAUCGUUCGCUUCCUCGGCUCCAUGGAGGUGAAAACUGCUGAGUCAGCAGAUGUCAUCUCUGAGACCAUGAGGCAGAUCCUGGCAGCCAGAGCCAUCCACAACAUCUUCAGGAUGACCGAAUCACACCUGCUGGUCACCUGUGACUGCCUCAAGCUCAUUGAUCCUCAGACACAAGUCACCCGACUCAGGUUCCCCCUCUCCACUGUGCUUCAGUGUUCGUCUCAUCAGGACAACAAGAGGCUGUUUGGUUUCGUUCUGCAGCCAGCAGGCGGGCGCGGUGACAGCCGACUCGUCUGCUACAUCUUUGAGUCCAACAACGACGGAGAGAAGAUCUGUGACAGCAUCGGUCUGGCCCAGCAGAUAGCUUUCCACUCUGAGAUGGACCGUAAGGCUGACGAGAAGAAGAAGGAGCAGGACAAGGCCAAAGAGAAGCAGCAGGAAGAACUCAGCAAACAGAGGCAGAUAGAGAAGGAUCUUGAGGAGCAGAGCCGCUUGAUCGCUGCCUCGAGUCGCCCCGCUAACCCGCCUGGCUCUGACGGACAGUUCCUUGUGCUUAGCAACAGCCAAUCGGAGGACAGCGACGCCGGAGAGGAGGGGAAGAAGAGGGGCGAGUCUGAAGCCUAGCGAAGCUAACAGAGGAUGCAUGUGUUACCACCCAGGCAAGACCCAGCUGGUACUGUCAAAGCAACAGCUCAGGAAUCAGAGGAGGGGAACACCACCCGCCCGCUCGCCCGGGCCGUCAGGGACUGAAAAACAUGUGCUCCCUCCCUGCUGAACUCUGUUUGAAGCUUGUGGUGGAGCGCGUCACUCUGAAAAAUGGAGGAUGAACUAAACGCACCCUCACUGUAAGAGGAGGAGGGGAGAAGGCGUGGAAACGUCUCAUCACGUGUUUUAUCCUGUGUGUUAAAAUGCUGCUUUUUAUACCGGCUCCACAAAUAUAGAUUAACCUGUAAGUUUUUGUUUUUUUUAAUGUUUAUUUUAUAAAAAGAGAUGGCAGCAAUGAGAUGAGUGGAAUUAUGAGCCAGGAUCAGGAAACGUGGGAGAAAAACACAGGAAGUCAGAUUGGGACGGCAUCAGCUCUCGCUCAAGGGCUCCUCAGCAGGAGGUGAAGGUUUGAUGAGGAGGAGGUCCAGCAGAGUGCUGUUGGUAAAAAGUAUGAGAUACAAUGCUAUUAAUGGAGAGAGAGAGAGAGACAGAAAGAGCAUGGAGUCUUAUUUUGAAAAGUCCUACCUGUUGUGAUGUGUUCAUCAGCUGAUCAGUUUUUCAAAGCAUCCUGCAGAGUUUUACAUUUUAUUUAAAACAUGUUCCUUCCUUCCAGGCAGCCGCUGGUUUUCAGUCAUUUGACUCCAGGAUGAAAAUCAACCUGCAAAAUCUUUAACCUUGCUGCAUCAUCAUUACAGUAAAGCUCCAAUGAUCGGUCAGUUAGUCCGAUAAGACGAUCAACAAAAAACAGUAUACUUGACAAUUGACUUGACUAUACAUCAUUUUAGACUUUUUUCAGGCAAUAAUGUCAAACAUAAAUGUGAGAAUUUGAAGUCAGUAGUUGUGACUAUUUUUGGAUUUGGUAUUGACGAAUUGAUUAAUCAAAAUUUUUAUUUCAUUUUUUAAAUUGGCAGAUUAAUCAAAAACCAUUUGUGAUGCGAUUGUGAUGAUAAGCGAAUAAUCCAUAGAUGAUUUUCUCAAUUAGUUAAUUAGAUGUUUGGUCCAGAAAAUGGAGACAAUGUUGAUCAAGAUGGCGUUCUCAAAUGUCUCAUUUUGUCCACAACCCAAAAAUUAUCGGUUUACUGCCACAGAGGAGAAAAAAAAGUCAGAAAAAAUUUGCAUUUAAGCUGGUAAAAUGUUGCCUUUUGGAAAAAAAAAAAAAAGACUCAGAACAAUUGAUCAAUAAACAAAAUAGUUGGCAAUUAAUGUGUAGGUUUCAUCCAACAUCACGGUGUAUGUUGUGAUCUACUUUUACUGUCCGUGCGAGCUGAUUUUUAUAGCUUACUAAGAUGAACUGAAAACAGCGGCUGCAUGAAUAAAACCUAUUCAGAAUUCUGCAACAUCAUCCAGUCGGCAAGGAUUUGAUCAUUUGCAGGUCAAAAGGCUUUCUCGACCUCUGAGGUUAAAAUUCGGCUGAGUUUGGUAGAAAGCCGCCAGUGCGUCCUUCAAACUACAUGACAAAAUAUUUUGGUUGUCAUUGUUUUCAAGGAAAUGCCUCAUAUUAGCAUUAAAAACCUGGUCACGGUUGGGGAAGGUCAUGGUUUAAAAAGAUAUCAACACUGACUGUAACAUUUUCCCGACAAAGCUUGAUGUGGUGCGACAGGCACGCUGAAGAUCAGUAAUCAUCAGUCAUUUUGGGCUCACAAACAAACAACAGGUGCUGUUGUUUUCCUGGUUAGCACGACAUUCUCCAGACUACAUCAAAAAUAACUGUAGUUUCAACAUGUAAUCACGAUCUGCUUCACGGCGAAGUGUAAUCAAUAAAAUGCCGCUGAGUGAGAGGUUCAGCCAUUGUAAUUGUCUAAGAAAAGUUGCUCAACUUUUCAGUCCAAUUUUACCCAGAUAUUACAAGUUUUGACUGGUAAAUCUUUAAAUGAGUGCUCACUGAGUGUGUUGUGCCUUGAAAACACAGAUACUGUUGCAGUACGUACUGCAAUUUUCUGCAACACUAGUAUUGAAAAUAAAAUGAUCUGUAAUCUUUUAAGUUAAAGCUAAACCACUGAAAUUUAAGCACAGCAUUUUCUUUUUGUCCUGUGAAUAAAUGACCUGAUGCACAGGGAACUCUGGGGGUCAAAGGUCAUCUCUAGUUUGGCCACUGUGAAAAUAUUCUGGCCCGACCUCUUUCUGAGCUGUAAGAAAAGAUCUAUAACCUUCAACAACCUCCAGUUGACAAAAUUAACCUUUUAUGUUGCUGUGUUUGUUGAGGUCAUUUGCUGAAAAAAACAUAUCAUGAAUCACGCUUUGUCCAGCAUCCCAUCUCUUCUUAUGCCGCUUGUAUGCAGUGUUCUUUAGCAUGUUCUCAGGACAGGAGCCAACAUGGCUGCCACAGGAGAUCCUGAAAGUCUGAAACUACAGAAAAGUUAAUAUUGUACCCUUUUCAUUUGAAGAUUUUUAUUCCAAAAUGAGAAGUCCAUAGCUUCUGCCUUUUGCAAAAUGGAAUAGUUGCAUGAAAGUAGUGCUCAUUAAUAAGAAUCAUAUUACAGUUCAGAUUUAAGGCCUCAAAAAAGACCCAGAGAUGCUUCGCCUUCCUUUUUAGGUUCGUUCAGAUUGUUAAACACUGAUUUUACAUUUGAAACCUCGAGAUCUGUCAACAUGAGCACGAAUCUGAUCAAAUGUCCUUACUUUUGCUGUAUCUGCUACAAGACAGUUGUCUGUUUUGAAAAUUGUCUUCUCUGUUUGUCUGAUCUGGUGAAGGUUAUUCAUCCAGUAAACUUUACAGAAAUUCAACAUUGUUAAGGACCAUGUCUCAGAAAAACAGUUUGACAUCCUCUCUGCCAAAUAAUGAGCUGGGUCAGUGCGUUUGUCCUGGCACCAAAAUAUUUCUCUGCGCAUUCAUAAAUGUUAAUCUGGGUCACUGUUUGAGGCCUUUUUUGUUUUUCACCAGUUUAAUCAAUUAAUCUGCCUUUUUAUCCAGAGUGAUUCACAGUGAUUAUCUGUAGAUCUGAAUAAGCUUCAGUUUAACAUCAUUACCUGUAGGGAUGUUAAAGGUCAGAGGUCACGGCUGUGGGGGGGAAGAUGUUUCUAAAAGCCUAAAUCAACAGUUACUGACGGUGAUUUUAUUUUUCUGUAUUGUGGGAGGAGGUUUUCUCGCUGUAACCAGGUGAAGGACUCGCUGCACUUUACCAAUGCAGGAAAACACAACAAGAUUGAUCAUUUUGAAGUGUAAAUAUGUUCAGUGAUGAUUGUGUCAGUGUCAUGAAAAAUAUAUUAAAAAAAGGCUUUUCAGUGAUAAAUAAAGCACUAACUCCA